AAGGGAAUCUUCAACAUGAAAACAAACCAGCUCAUGCUGAGGAAAUUGGAACAGCCUAAAGGGCGAAUCGCAGUCAAAGGUGAGCCGCCAAACAGAAACGCUGCCAGUCUGCAGAGACUUUACACUGUCCCUUUGGAGGAAGGCUGGAGACAUCAAGCAAAAAUACUGAAGGGCAAUUUCUGCACUGUUUUGACUACAGGAAGAACCGACACCAAGGUUAAGACCCAAUCUGAGGUAACCAUGCCAGGAUUCCAAAGAAGUCGCUUUGUCUCAUUGGUGUUGGCAUUGCCACUCAUCCUGGAGGUCGGCAGGGUCCGGGCAUGUCGGUUCGGCUCGGCGACGGAGUGCGAGAAAGCCCCCUUCGUGCCCGGCUAUAACCUGGCUGGGGAGGGUUUCGAUGUGGUCCGCUUGCGCCGGACGGGAGCGUAUGUCAUUAACGUCAAAGGUCAUCUGGCUGACAACCACACAUGCACACUGUGUCCAAACCGCUUCCACGGAGGAGAGAUUCAGAGACUCCCAGCUGCUGUGCUUGACUGGCGUCCCUUCAGUCGUUGCAGCAAGCAUCUAUCUAGUGCCCUUCACCACUCUGUGGAAUCUCUGCUGCGCAGCUCCAACUCGCUGGUGAACAACAACUGGAGUGUGGGUUUGAGCCUCGAUCCAUAUGGCAAGGUAGCGCUCGGCGGGAGCCGCUCGGACUUGGCCAGGUUUGCUCAAUCGCAGCACAGCGUGGACAAGGCCACUUUCGCCAUCCAUGAAAUCAGUUGUACUUACUACAGCUACAGACUAGCUGACCACCCUCAGCUGAGCACAGAGUUCACAAAGCACGUGAGCAGACUCCCGCAGAACCUAAUGACAAGCCACAGCAGAGCUCUGUACAGACGGCUGAUUGACACGUAUGGAACACAUUAUAUUCACCAGGUUCAACUUGGUGGAAAAGUGAGGCGAAUCACAGCCUUCCGGACUUGCUUGGCCACACUAAAAGGCUUUACCGAGAGAGAGAUAAAAAACUGUCUAAAUGUCGAACUCCGCAUGGCCUUGGGAUUCCUACCUGCCAAUGCUUCCUACUCCAACAAAUGUGACGGGCUCAUGAAGGGCAACAUCAGCAUGGGCUUCUAUCAAGGCUUCAUGACUCAUAAGAUCGAGGUCACUGGCGGGGAGAAAUACUUUCCGGACAUCCUCUACCAGCAGGACCCCUCCGAGGCCUACCACAGCUGGAUGAACAGCCUCCAUGAUUACCCAGAUGUGAUCUCCUAUGGGAUUUUCCCCCUGCACCAUCUGGUGGAGGACACUCAGAUCAGUGCUAAUCUAAGGGCAAUCAUCUCAGAGUAUAUCCAAGAGAAUAAGCUUCAGGAGGACCAACUAGGUUUAAAGAACUGCUCCCCGACCCCCAACCUAGACCAUAACUGCUGUCCUCUGCGAGCUGGCCGUGGAUCUCUCAAACUGGAAAUCCACAGAGCCGCCAGGCUCAAAGCAGACACCUUCACCAAAACUGACGCCUACGUGAAGAUCUUCUACAACGGCAUGUACGAGGAGACGGAAACAGUAAUGGAUGACAACAACCCUGUAUGGAAUGCCACCUAUUACUUUAGCUCGGUGGAGGUGGGGCAGGAGUUGAGGUUUGAAGUGUGGGACAGAGAUGUUCUUUACAACGACCUGGCAGGUGUUUGUCUCAUCUUUCCUCAGCGAGGAACUCAUUCUCUGAGCUGUCAGUUGAGGAAAGGAGUUCUCUACUUUUCAUACAGCAUCAAGUGCGCCACCCACUUGUCAGGCUUCAGGUGUGGACAGUACUCUCCCACUGCGGAGUAGUUCAGACCUAAUACAUUUGUUAACUCAAUGGUAAUAUCUUCUUUAAGAAUUAGAGAUUUCUCUUGGAAGUCAACAUUAGCAAGUUCCUAAUGCAGCCAAGGGAGAAUUUGUUUUGAGACAAACUGUGAUAAAAUCUUUUAUCAUUUGCUCCUACUAUAACCGUGUACUUUAAACUUGCCUUGAUUUUAAUUCUACAGAGCUUUGAUAUUACGAUCUUGAUGAUCACUAUUUGAUGAUGAGAUCAUUUUGGAUUUCCAAAUAAAUGCAUGCAAUAACUUCUG